AUGGAACACAUCCUGAAUGAAGCGAUUGAUAACCUGGACAUUUAUUGGCUUGAGCUUGUUGCAUCGUUUGAAUUGGAGAAUUCCAUGGAUUCAUAUCUUGAUCUGUCAAUCACACUAAAGGCCUUUCAAUUUCGUAGCUUUGACAAGAUUGAAAACACAUCUCUUCCAGACUGUGACAUUGAUCAGGCGCUUUUCUCAUUCCAUCUCAAACAUAUGAAGCCACAGUAUGAAACCUGGAGCUCAAAGAAGAUUAUUGUUGUCAAGGUUUUUGGACCAAUUGAAACUGAGAGCUUCAUCAAUGCUUGUUUCAAGGUUGCUUGUGGGGUUGCGAGUUCAAUGUUUGAAUUUACUCUUGCUAAUUUUCCCUGCCUCAACCCAUUUGACUCGAUUUCUCUAUUGCAUUUAUGGCUGAUAGAUGAACAAAAAUUUGAACCAAUUGUGUCACAUAUCAAAAGAAUGUUGGUCUCGUACAUCCAUGAGGUUAACAAGAUGAAAGUGGAAAUAGCUUCUUUCCUUCGCAAGAAACCUACAAUACUUCCCAAGGAGCCUUCAAAUGAUUUUGAAAUAUAUGAAGCUGGGAAGAAUAUGAAAGGAUGA